AUGGAGAUCACUGUGGAACUGGAUACCAACAACCGUCCCGAUGAGUGGAAGAUCGAACAGGGUAUGGCUGGCCACAAGCUGCCAAUCCUAGAUCAGACCGGGAGUGAUACCAUCAAUAUUUAUCCUCCACCACCUACCAAGAUCAUCAAAGACGAAGAAGCUAUUCAGUCGGUCGGCGAUCGUGCGAAGCUGUUCUCUCGAGAGCGUGUAGGUUGGAAAGGAUACGUCGAAUGGGAGAACUUCCCGGAGAAAAAGAGCAGAGCCAAAAAGAUCUUGGCAUCUCAGACCUUCCCAGAAUGCCCUGACUUCAUGUUCGGCCCCAUCCCCGGCACCAAUCCCGUCCUGCCCGGCGAUGACUUCAAAGCCUGGCACGCAGCUCUCGGUGGAGAGCUCACCACCGUUUCCGAUGAUUCCUGGCGUACUGUACUUCGCGAGAAGCAUCCCGAUAUGCUUCACCUCCUUCAAUUCCCCUAUAACGGCGAGCCCCCGAAGCGACUUGUCACUUCCAAGACGAUCACACCCAACCCACUUCACUUUGUGCGAAACCACGGUGGCAUUCCCAUUAUCGACAAGGAUAAGUGGGAUAUGUCGCUGGAUGGGCUGGUUGCAAAUCCCAAGACCUACACCCUGGACGACCUUAUGGAUGAGUCCCGGUUCCCUCGCAUGGAGAAGACCGUCACUAUCCAGUGCUCUGGCACCCGCCGUAUCGAACAAAUCUCACUGUACGGUGGCCAAGGUGACGAAGUACCUCAGGCUCCAUGGGCCGAGGGUGCUAUUGGAACCGCUCGAUAUGUGGGCAUCAGCUUAAAGAAGGUGAUCAAAGACUGCGGCGGCUUACUCAAGCCGGCCAAGCACCUUGAACUCUACGGAGCCGAGACCUAUGUCAAGGAUCUCGAAGUGGGCAACUACGUUGUCAGCGUUCCAUGGUCUAAAGUCAAGGCUAACGAGGUCAUUCUGGCCUGGGAGAUGAACGGUGAACCUCUACCCAAGAUCCACGGCUAUCCACUGCGGGUCGUCGUUCUAGGGUACAUUGGUGCUCGUAGCGUCAAGUGGUUGUACCGCAUCAAGGCUAUUGAGCAUCCUUCUCGCGCUCCAGUUCAGUCUAAGGAGUAUCUUUACUUCAACCAACAGGUUGGCAAGUACAACUUACGCGCAACGGACGGCAUUCAAAUCCAAGAGAUGCCCGUCAGCUCCGCGAUUAUGUCGCCCUGGACCAAGCAAACUGUCGUUCAUAUAGGUACGAUCAGAUGCAAGGGCUGGGCAUACUCGGGCGGAGGUCGAUGGCCCGAGCGAGUCGAGCUAUCUGCCGAUGGAGGCUUCACUUGGUAUUCCGUGCCUCCUGAGAAAUUGUCUAAGAAGGGGCGUUGGACCUGGCGAACAUGGGAAUAUGAUCUUCCAUGCGAUGUGGAAGGUUGGAUCGAGAUUGUCUGUCGAUGCUGGGACAACUCGCUCAAUACACAGCCACUAAAUGUUCGCGCCGCAUGGAAUUGGGGUCUACAUGUUACCUCCUCCGCACAUCGCAUCAAGGUUUACAGUGUCAAUAAGAGUCGGGAGCUUACCAGGAAACGUUUGGAUAAGUAUGAGCAGCUCGGCAUUCCUCUAGCGCCUCUAACUCACUAUGACAUCAUCCCUGGACAGACGGCAGAAGAGUAUGAGCAGUACUGGCGGGAUCAUGAUCCUCGCGACGUCGAUGAUUAA